CUUUUUGAAGUGACACUGGAGAAGAGGACUCGUUAAAGGUGAACACCACUGAUUUCCGGUAAAAUUUGUUUUGAAUUUCAACUAAGCUGGAGUGAGAGAUUGGCAGACAUGUCCACGCUGUUCCCCUCUCUCUUCCCCCGGAUAACCGAGUCUCUGUGGUUUAACCUUGACCGACCCUGCGUGGACGAGACCGAGCUGCACCAGCAGGAGCAGCAGCACCAAACUUGGCUGCAGAGCAUUGCAGAGAAGGACAACAACUUGAUGCCCAUUGGGAAACCUAUUUUUGAGGCAGGAUAUGAGGAGGAGGACGAGGAGGAUGACGAGGAUGAGGAGGACAGCGAGGAAGACUCUGAAGAUGAAGAAGACAUGCAGGACAUGGAUGAGAUGAAUGAUUACAACGAGUCACCUGAUGAUGGCGAGAUCAAUGAGGUGGACAUGGAGGGAGCAGACCAAGACCAAGACCAAUGGAUGAUUUAAGACAAAAAAAAGACAAUUUUCGUUUCCAUCAAGCUGUCUGGCUGGCACUGGAUUUCCCCUCCCUACUUAAAACGCGACUGCUGCCCCCUCAGUUUGUGACACAGAUAUAUUUUUUUAUUUGUGUAAACAGGGAAAAAAUAUAGUUGAGUUUAAGCUUGUACCAUGAUAUCCUUCAGACACAGGUUGGGUAAAUUCUGUAGUGUCUCAUGUCAUGCUACAGUCAGGUCUUGAAGGCUGUGGGCGUCAUUGGACAUCGCUGUGGGUGUUGCUCGCACAUUCACAUUGUUGCCUUGGUGUGUGAAAAUAAUGCAUUGAUUUAUGUUUAAGCACUUGUGCACAUGUCGUGUUUUGUCUGUUUUUUUGUUUUUUUUCAUGGCAAUUUGUGAACCGGUUAAAUACAUUUAACCAUUAAAUCCAGUCAAAGCUGCUCCACGCAUGGGCACACAAGGUCCAACUGUUUUGUAACCAGUCUGGCACACACCCAUCUUUCUCCUUUAAACUUUGACCUCGUCACACCUUCAGUCAUGUGCCACUUCUCACAGUCUCCAAACAGCUGACUGAAUACAAACUUCAGUUCAGUCAGCAAAAUAAUUUUUUACUUUUGGAGACUUACAGAUACUUCAUUAUAAAGUCCAGUUCCGUUUCAUAGCACUGUUGUGUGUGUUGCUAAUCUUCUAUUACAGAUAUCAUAUCUUCAGUAUAAUUUUCAAAAAAGCUUGUGAAAUAGUAUUAAGACAAUGUUCAUAUUUUUAACAAUGUCAAAAGUUAAACACGCUGGCCAUUCAAAUUGUUUCAUGUUUAUCUUAAAGGAUUGUUCACCAAGGCUUUGAUUAUUUGUACUGACAUGAAGAGGCCUUGACAGUUUGUAUUAAAUUAUUUUGAUGAUU